AUGACAUUUUUUCUCAUGGCGAAAGGGCGGACGUCCUUGACGGAUUGGAUGGUCCUGGUGGACUUGUUCGUGAUUGCCUGUGGAUAUGUAGAGAUGCUCCUCCAAUACCUUUACGAGGACCUGCCACUGCAGACAAUUAGUUUGUUCCGGGCCCUCCGCCUUGUUCGAAUCCUGCGCCUAACGCGGCUGCUGCGACGGACUCGAGGUUUCCGAGAGCUGCAGAAGCUGGUGCGUAUGAUGGCGACAUGCAUCAAGGCGCUGUUUUGGUCAUUCGUCUUCUGCUUCAUGGUCAUGACCGUCUGGGCUCUCCUUAUAGUUGAAAUUAUCAACCCUCUCAUGCAAGACCUUGAUCUAGGGGACUGCGAGGGAUGUGUCAAAGCAACAAGCUCCGUAAUGCAUGCAAAUCUCCUGCUUUUCAAGACGGUGAUCGCUGGCGAUAGUUGGGGCGACAUUGCUGUUCCAGUUAUUUAUGCGCAUCCAUUCUCUGCUAUUAUCUUCAUGGGCUCCCUGCUCACGCUCAUCUUCGGCGUUCUCAACUUGAUUGUGGCUGUCGUUGUCGACACUUUCGCAGAAGCUCGACAGCGGGAUGUUUUGAACUUGGCUGAAGAGAUGGAAUUCAACCUUGCUGCAGACCAGAAAUUCUUAGAGCGGAUUUUCCAGCGCAUUGACGCCGACGGCAGCGGUCAGGUCACCUUUGACGAGCUGCUGGAGGGGGCCCGAAGAGAUCCUGAGUUUCAGAGCCGGCUCCGAGUCAUGGAUAUCGAUGAGUCAGAUCUACAGCAGCUGUUCGAGAUGAUCGAUGUGCACGGCUUCCGAGUUUAUCACUCCGCUGACCCGAUGGGUGCAUGA